AUGAUGUUGCGCAGCCGGAACACGAACGUCCAGCAGAACGUCCAGCAACCGGCCGCCAGCAAGAACAAUGGUGGAGCCGACGUGAUGAAGCGCACGGCCAAGCAGCAGGUUAGCUCCUGUGAGCCCCAGCCAAAGCGCGCCGUCCUCUCGGAGAUCAGCUCGGGAAUCUCGAACUUCCUCAUCGACUCUACAAAGAAGCCUGACCUGCAGAAGGUCAUCCCGCGUCGCAGCGUUUCAAAGCAAGAAGUCUCCAGUACAUCCGAAAAUGCUCGCGUCACACGCUCGAAGUCGACAGCCCCGAACGUUGAUCCGUGCCCCGAAUACGACUACGACGCUCAGUGCUUGGCCCAGAAGGACGAAUUCGCCAUCCCGGAGUACGCCUUCGAGAUAUUCGCCUACUCGCGAAGCCGCGAAAAGCUCUUCGCCGUCGACGAAUACCUGCACAAGUUUUCGCACUUCACGCCGCAGAUCCGCACCAAAAUCGUCGAUUGGAUGGUCGAAAUGCAAGAGACUUUCGAGCUGAACCACGAGACGUUGUACCUAUCCGUCAAGCUUUGGGACCUCUUCAUGUCAAGGACAACGAACUACGACCUGCACCACAAGAAGGGAGAGCUGAUCGCCGCGUGCUGCGUCUUCGUCGCCAGCAAGUUCGACGAGCGCUCGCCUCCAUUGAUCGACGACUUCCUCUAUGUCAGCGAAGACAAGUUCACGCGUCAGGAAUUCAUUCAUCAGGAGAUGCAGCUGCUCAACACGGUCGGCUACGACCUCGGAUGCUCUCUUUCAUACGUGUACCUUCGUCGCCUGGCUCGAGUCACUUCCUCGUCGAUGGCGGUGUUAACACUUUCGCGCUACAUUCUCGAAAUGGCCAUCUGUCACUAUGAAUUCGUCGGAGUCCGGGAAUCGAUGUUGGCCUCUGGAGCGUUCUACCUUGCUCUUCGCAUGACGCAGACCGAUCCCGAAUGGUCCAAGGUCCUGCACAAGUACUCGGGCUACACACAGGAUGAGGUCGAGCCGUUCGCUGAGGAGCUGAACCUGAUGCUUCACCGGCAGCAGGAACGUCGCCACACGGAUGCCAAGACCGUCUAUGCCAAAUAUAGCCAUCCCGUCUUCCACGAGGUGGCUUUGAUCAAACUGGUGCCAUGCAAAUUUGCCGUCGAGCGCGAGCUGAUGAAGGGCAAGCCGUUCAACUUCCAGUCGCCAAUCCGCCAC